AUGCUCAUUCCACCUUAUCAGAAAUUCCUGAAGGAUGCUGUUCAGCAAAGAACCAGGGAAGCACAAGGAAUGGUAGUGUUGACUCGUGAGUGCAGUGCAAUCAUUCAGCGGAAGGUCAUCUCCGACAAAAAGGAAGAUCCGGGGAGUUUCACUUUGCACUGCAUGUUGGGACCCCUAUCUUUCAAAAACAGCCUCUGCGAUCUAGGAUCAUCUGUCAGCCUCAUGCCUUUGUCUGUAGCAAAGAGACUGGGAUAUCACAAGUAUCAAGCCUGCGGAAUCUCACUAGUCUUGGCAGAUAGAUCGAUAAGGUUACCAACUGGAAUGCUUGAAGACCUGCCUUUGAGGAUAGGGAAUGUAGAAAUCCCCACCGACUUCAUUGUGCUUGAGAUGGAUGAGGAACCAACAGAUCCAUUGAUACUAGGAAGGCCAUUCCUAGCUACAGCAAGAGCAAUGAUAGAUGCCAGUUUGCGAAGUCAUGGCAGUGAGCUCGAUCAAGAGUCGAAGCCUCGAACAAACAACUCGAUCGAGCUGGGGACUGAAUGCAAGGAGCAAGCUCAAGGAGAUUGGUCUGAGCUCAAGGCGCCUAAAGUCGACCUCAAACCUUUGCCUGAGGGCCUCAGGUAUGCAUUUCUGGGUGAAAACUCAACUUACCCUGUCAUUGUGAACUCUGAUUUGGAACCUGAACAGUUGAGUGCUUUGCUUGUUGAAUUGAGGAAGUACAGAAAAGCAAUAGGUUACACUCUAGAUGAUAUCAAGGGAAUCUCCCCUGACCUAUGCAUCCAUAGGAUUCAUCUAGAGGAUGAAAGUAAUGAUAGCACUUGGAUAUCUCCAGUUCAUUGCGUCCCAAAGAAAGGGGGGAUCACUGUCAUAAAAAAUGACAAGGAGGAGCUGAUUCCCACUAGAACAAUAGUGGGGCAUCGCAUGUGUAUUGACUAUAGGAAGUUAAAUUCAGCAUCUAGAAAGGAUCAUUUCCCUCUCCCUUUCAUUGAUCAGAUGUUAGAAAGAUUAGCAAACCAUCCUUUUUAUUGUUUUCUUGAUGGUUACAGUGGUUUCUUCCAAAUCCCGAUCCACCCCAAUGAUCAGGAGAAAACCACUUUCACAUGCCCUUAUGGUACCUUUGCUUAUCGAAGGAUGCCAUUUGGGCUGUGCAAUGCCCCAGCUACUUUCAAGAGAUGCAUGACCUCCAUUUUUUCAGAUCUGAUAGAGGAGAUGGUAGAAGUCUUCAUGGGAUUUCUCAGUCUAUGGAGCAUCCUUCUCCUCAUGUUUGUCAAACUUGUGCAGGGUGACAUAAAAGUUGUGGACAAAAAGGGAGUGGAGAAUGGAGUUGCUGAUCAUCUCUCUAGGAUGCGAGUUGAAGACAUAGUCCCCAUCAAUGAUUCUAUGCCUGAAGAACAGCUUAUGGCAAUCAUGAUCUUGAAAGAGUUUUGA